AUGACGCGGCAGGAGCUGGGGGAGCUGAGUAUGGAGCCGGGUCCUUUUAUAAAAGGCACCACGGGCCUCAGUGAGCCAUUCCCCAACCACCACAGCCGCCAGGAGGAACCCAUCACUCAGGCACCCAUGGCUUACGGACCUGUGGCUGAGGCACCCGUGGAUGAGGCACCCGUGGCUGAGGCACCUGUGGCUUACGGACCUGUGGCUGAGGCACCCGUGGCUGAGGCACCCGUGGCUGAGGCACCCGUGGCUGAGGCACCCGUAGCUAACCUGAAAGCCGCCAUUGUCAUGAUCAUCCACGUGUUUGCCCGCUACGCAGGGACACACAGCAGCGGGCGGAGCCUGAGCAAGGAGGAGCUGAGGGUGCUGCUGGAGAAGGAGCUCCCGGGCUUCCUGGAGAGCGGGGAGGACAAGGACGACGCCAUGGAGAAGGUGUUCAGGAGCCUGGACACCAACGAGGACGCCACAGUGAGCUUCCAGGAGUUCCUCCUGCUGGUGGCGGGGCUCCUGGCAGCCUGUCACAAGCACUUCCAGGAGGAGGGAGCCACCUGA